AGAUUUUAUAGUGAAAACAGAAGAACAGUAGCAUCGAGGUAAAAACAGUAUAUCUCCUGUUAAAACAGGAGAUCUGGUAACACUGGUUACAUUUUACAUUACAGGCACUUACAGGUAUAGCAGUAACAGCCUGACAAUAUGAGAUUUUUCAGUUUUUCAGCAUGAGAGCCGUGAGACAAGGUAAACAAAAAGGGCAUAAAGUAUUUAUGAUAAAUCUUUAGUCCAUUAUAUGGAAAACUAGUCAUUUUUGCUCAACAAUACUCUAGUCAGUAGGCAAUCCACUGUGGUCGCAGUAGUGCAGGUUAAAUAAAUGAAAAAUGGGUAUUCUUCACCAUAGAUCUGUAAGAUUUGUAGACUCGAUUGUGAAGCGAGAUAGGAAAUUAUUGACCUGUAUUAAAACACAUCCUGUACUGUAUGACAGAAAUCACCCUGGGUAUAGGAACAAGUACCUCAAGAAGGCUGCCUGGGAGAACAUUGCUAAAAAAUUCAAAAAUAUUUCAGUUAAGGAAUGUGAGGCAAUAUGGAGAAAACUGGUAAAGAAAUAUAAGGAUCACCAUGAUAUGCAUGAGCCACUGAUAGAGACUCUAGAAGAAAUAUUAAGAAGAAGGUCAACCUCAGAGUCAGAGCAGUUCAACAUAGAAAGCCUGGAAGAAGAUGUAAUCCCAAACCUUUUUGCUGAAUCUCCUGAUCUCCAACAGAUCUCAAGACUGCUAGAUGAAUCUGACACAGAGACUGAGACACUACCUCGACAUAAUUCUGAUGAGGACAGUGACGUGCUACAAGCGGUCCCACCUGACUUGUCAUUCGCGUUUACACUGUAUCCUGACAUAGAAGAAAUUGAUGAGAUGUAUGAAUAUUAUUCGGGUGCUGAAUUUUUGAAUCCAAAUGCUGGAGAUCAUUGGAUGCCUAUUGCUUCUUCAAGUACCUCUUUGGAUCAGAUGCCGCCGUGUCGCCUAGCUGAUCGGGCCGUGGGAAAUAUAGAGCAAUCUACUGGAUGCAACUUUUCAAACCUAAUGCAACAAUUUCCAGAUCGCCGCAUACCUCGCCUGUUAGAAAACUCCAUAGAAUACCUGGACGAAGCCGCCUCUCUACCACCAUCCGAAUUCACCAGAAGCUUGAAUGAUGUUUCGGUGCCCAUGGAUUUCGCGUACACUUAUCAGCCUAACGAAAACAUAGACGAGUAUUACAAUUACUUCAUAGAGAAUAUUUUAGAGGAAUGUGACGUGUACCCUCAUGUGUUUGGUGAUGUUGUUGAGUCUGUAUUGAAUAACAUAGGUAAAGAUAAGAGUAAGGAGGUCAGAAUCGAGAUUAUGAAGUUGUUACGUGAUAGAAUGAAAGAUUCUAAGAAACGUUAAUUGUGCGGAUGUUCACUGAAAUGGUCUGAUUAGUAUUUUAAGUGUAUGGUUGUAGAGGCUUGUACUAUGAAUUCAAUUUGAAGACUCCGAAAGGGUUGAGGGAACUGCACAUAGACGAAUUAACAUAUGUACUUAAAUAUUACAUAUUCAAAUGGCACGUGAGAAAUGAUUUAAAUCAAUAGGAAUACAGGAUGGUCAAUAUAUAACUGACUGGUUCGUUGAUAUCAUUAGAACGGAAUGAAAUAUGAAAUUUUACAGAAAGUUGGGAGCUAUGGAUAACAUUCAUACAUACUUCUUUGUAAGUGUGACAAAUAUAGCCGAGCAAACUAUCUAUUAUCGUCUAAACCUCCACCUCUGACGGCUGUACAAAACUGAGCCCACAUGAUUAUCUUUUCUAUCAUUUUUCAGUGGAUUUUAUGAGGAAUAUUUUGAAUAGAAUCUCGAAUAUUGCUCGAUUGCCCUUAAAGCAGGCAAUCUUGUAGGUCAAAUGACAUCGUCGAUGUCUUCAAACUGAAUAUUGUAGUAUCAGCCCAAAUCAUUUAUUCCUAAGACUUAUUUAUUUUGAAUAUGCUAGUCUAUAUUAUGAAACAUUUCAUAAAAAAUAUGUCUGACUAGUUUAAUGACUCAGUGCCUUAGUUUUUAUGCAAUACAACUAACAUUUUGACAUGGUAAAUUUUGUAGUAAUGGUAGUAUUUCUAUUAUAUUUAAAAAACAAACUAGUAAUAUAGCUUUCGUUUGUCCGACCACAGACGGCCAACCAUGCACUGCUGUUUCAUGCUAUUUGGCAACUUCUCAGGUCUAUGCUUGGUCUCAGUUAGGACAGCAAAUGAAAGUUAAGCAACUAUCAUCUGUUCAUAGUAUAAGAUCUAUUGAGAUAAGAGUGCCAUCUAUUACCAGAAUAUCCAUUGUGGUAAUAGAUGAAAUGUGUGAUGUCUUUUUUCGAUAAAAAUUGAGAACUGUUUAAUGUUCGAAAAUAUAUGAAAUAUAUAACAAUUUAUUUAUUCUAUAUCCUCUACUGUAAAAUCAUGGAUAAGUAUUUAAAAAUUCAAGAGAAAGGUAACAGCUUCCAUAAUAUAUAUGGCUGUGUGCAUGAUAUUCAACAUAUGUCGGAAAUAAAAAAAAGAAAAACAUUUUAAGUGCAAUAUAAACAUAUAUGUAUGUAUGUUUGCAAACAAGGGAAAAAGAGAAUUGGGUAAUUCUGCAUUUUUUGGCCUCAAAUUAUUCCAUCCAACUUGUUGAAAAAGAUAUAUCUGAACAAAUGGAGGUGUACUUAUAUUAUGUUUCCAUAUUUUAUAUUACAAAUCUAUGUUAUGACUACCUAUACAUUUUAUUUUUUAUCCCUGUUACCAAUAUAAUAUUUGAAAUAAAUGGAUGUUUUAACAAAUGAAA